AUGCUGUGCAAGUUCUACGAUGGCGGGUCCGCGGCUGUGACCGCGACUGGGAAGCGGCUGGCUCACCCUCGGUGCUCAUCGAACUGCGGAGCGCGGGUGGCGUGUGGAGGAUCUCUGACUGCCUGUUCUUGCCAAGCAACGUGUGAGUCCCUGGGAAUCUGCUGCCCUGAUUACUGGGAAUUCUGCCUGAAUAUCUCUCCUUAUUCAGGAACUCUGCUUGGUGGAAAAGAUUUUACCAUUUUAAAUGUGACCUUUGACAUCUCUGCUGAUGUGAAAUGCAGGUUUGGGCAGGAAAUUGUCACCAGUGGCUAUGUCGCUGAAGAUGGACGCGCUCACUGCAUCUCCCCCUUGCUGUACCAGACUGGCAUGAUUAGCCUGGAGAUUUCCAGCGACGGUGGGCAAUCCUUUCCUCGCUCAAGUGUGUGGUUCUCAGAUCACCACAGCAAAGCUGCGGCUUCGGAAAAAAGCACCUUGAUCAAUGAAACUCAGUGGCAGUACUAUGGCACUCCUGGGACUGGGGGGACCCUGACUAUGACGUGGAACAACCAGACGCUCCCAGCCAGCCACGUCAACAUAGAACUCUGGGGAUAUCAGGAAACAGGCAAGCCUUACUCCGAGAGCUGGGCUGCAGAAUGGAAGCAUCUGUACACUCUGAGAAAAAACUUCCCCAACACGGGCACGUUCUCCUUCCUGCCGGCCCCAUCUCCACUCCACGGUGCCUGGGAACUGGGAGCCCUGAGGAUUACAUCAGGCAGCUCUUUGGAGGGACAGAGCAACGUGGCCGCCAUCUGGAGCUCGGAGCAUGCCUUGGCUUGGCACCUGGAAGCUGCCUUCAGGGAAGAUUCGGCUGCGUGGGCGACUGCCAAGUGUGAGGCCUGGAAUGACCAAGAGGAAGACCUGCCCAGUUUCCUGACAGAGAUUCUUGACUGCCCCUGCACUUUGGCACAGGCCAGGGCCGACACGGGUCGAUUCCAUACAGAUUAUGGCUGUGACAUCGAAAAGGGCAGCGUGUGCACUUACCACCCAGGAGCGGUGCACUGUGUGAGGGGCAUUCAGGCCAGCCCAAGCUACGCCGCUGGGCAGCAGUGCUGUUACGAUGCCACUGGAGUGCAGGUCCUCACCGGAGACUCUAACGGGGGAAGCACACCUGACCGUGGGCAUGACUGGGGGGCUCCUCCUUAUAAAAAGCCCCCCCGCGUCCCAGGCUUUUCCCAUUGGGUGUAUGAUGUCCUCAGCUUCUACUACUGUUGCUUGUGGUCUGACAACUGCUCCAACUACUUCAAGCACCGUCCUUCCAGCGGCUGCAAGCAAUACCAGCCCCCAAGAGCAGCUUCUGCUUUUGGAGAUCCCCAUUUUAUCACUUUUGAUGGCACACAUUUCACAUUCAAUGGCCUUGGUGAAUACACAGUGUUAGAAUCCGACCUAACUUCCCUGAGGGUGCAAGGGAGAACCCGCCAAGCAUCACUGAACGGAACUGAGGCCAAGGUGACGGGCUUCUCUGCUAUCGCUGUGCAGGAGAACAACUCAGACGUGGUUGAGAUGCGCCUUCCUGAACAUUCCUCGAGCACCUUGGAGGUGCUGUUGAAUCACAAGGCUCUCAACUUCUCUGAGCAAACAUGGAUGGACCCAAAAGGUCUCUUCCUCUAUGCUGUACCUGGGAUAAGUGCUACCGUGAUGUUCUCCUCAGGAGUAGGAAUAGAAGUGAAAGGAACUGGACAGCUGCUGAGCGUCACCGUUUUGCUGCCGGAGCGGUUCCUGAACCACACGCGAGGUCUUUUUGGUGUCAUGAAUGACAAUCCACAGGAUGAUUUUACUCUUCGCAAUGGGACCGUCCUCCGCAGCAGCAGCACCUCUGAACAGCUGUUUGCCUUCGGUGCAGAUUGGGCCAUUAGCAACACGACGUCACUCUUGACAUACGACACACAGUACUUGUUGCACAACUUCUUCUACGGACCAAAGCACAACGCCUCCUUUGUGCCGGUGUUCUCUCCCCCUGAGGACCCAGCGGACCCCCUAGCAAAGGAUAUGGCCUUGCUCUGCCAGUCGGACCCCCUCUGCAGGUUUGACGUCCUGACAACCAGAGGCCUUGCGGUGGGGAACAGCACAAAAUGGUCUCAUCAGAACUACAGGCGCCUCAAAGAGAAUCUGCAGCCAGUGGUUUCAUGUGGCUGGCUGGAACUCCCCUCAAACAGCGGUAAAAACAGCACAAACUAUUUGGCAGGCUCAGUCAUCCAAAUCCAGUGCAGUCCUGGCUACAGCCUUUCUGGAUCAGCAGAAAGAACAUGCCAGAGCAAUGGGGAAUGGUCGGGAGACAAAACCGCUUGCUUGCCAAGUACAGGAGCCAAGCAGCAGCCGGCCUUUGGCACCAUCUCUGGAAUCCUUGGCUUUGGGAUCCUGGCAGUCCUCAUAUUCUGAUCUUGUCAUCAAAUGAAGGAUACGAGGGGUACCGUCUGCCUCU